UGCAGGCAGGUAUCACAGGGCAGUCUAACUAAACGCAGGCACAGAGCAAGCCAGAAGACACUGCAUCACAGGAAGACACCGUGCCACCGGAACCUUGAAACACAUCGUAGAACAAUUGGCAUGUAAGAAGUCUCCCCCGAACGGGAAUCUAGCACCACAGAUGCUUAGUUCAUUACAAGAGGAUAUUGCCACACAGUUGUGAAGCACAUCGGCGUACGCCAAGCACAUCGCAGGAGUGAAGCACAUCAGAGAAGCACAUCAGAGAAGUCCAGUUAACCACCUUCCCAUAAUGUUUGACCUAGCCACCUUUUCUCGCCUUUUAACCAUAUAUGCCACCAUUUCCCGCACUAUGGCGUUUUGUGAUAUCAGCUCAUUCGUCGUCGAUGGACAGGUGUUGAGAAACUCUGAUUUUGCGUCUUUUCCCAAAUCGGACAUUUUCCGAUGUGCCGGAUUAUGUGUGACAUACAGCGUCUGUAAAUCAUUCAAUCUAAACACGAAGACCAGGACCUGUUACCUUAGUUUCAAAGAUUCAACGGAUACGGGAAACGUACAGUUAAAUGCUGAUUACAUCCAGAGCGAUAUCAACGGAUGGCCCAAGCGUAUAGGAGGACCUUGUUCUCAGCACACCUGCCACCCGACUACUUUCUGUGCUGUGAGUCGUUCAACAACAGCCACGGUUUGCAAGCCGGUGCAGUUCAUGAACCCAGAGGAAGAUACAAGCACAUAUUACGAAUUCGUCGACGCUGGCAAGGCCUGGGAUCUUGCAAAGACAGACUGUGAGGACCGAAGUGGACAUCUUGCCAUAGUGGAAGGCACGGCAGAGAACGAAUUUCUUCAGAACACUGCGAUAGCGUGCGGAUACUCAGCCAAGUUGCUAUGGUUCGGGGCGACUGAUGCAGCUGUUGAGGACACGUGGAGAUGGGUAGACGGGAAUCUGAUCCAGUUCACAUCAUGGAUGGAUGGACAACCCAACAACCCAGGAGAACAGGACUGCGCUGGAUUUGUCAUCGGCACCGGCUGGAAGAGCAACCCCUGUAGCUAUUCCUAUAAAUACAUCUGUGAAAUUAAACUUUAAAAUGUUAAUUAAUAAAUAUAUGCAAACAUGAUAGGGUGAAAAGGGUCCCUAAUUUAAAUCAAUGAGUGUAUGUGUGUGAUAGCUCGGGGGAGGGAGGGGGGAGGUGGUUGUGUGGGGGAUGUUUGGGGGUUUGCAGUUUCCAUGGAGACUGGCUGUUUGUGUUUCAGCUUCAAUUAUUUUAUUAGACUGGGGGCCUGAAUACUAUUUCCUCAAUUUCUUACAACAAUGUAAGUUUAUGGCAUACAGUUUCUUGAAACAUUAAUUGUUUAUGUUGCAUAUGUAUCGAAUGAACAAAUUUGGGUGUUGCUCUAUCUUUAGGAGUUUAGCAGGUGCUGACUAAGGACUAUUUCAUGUUUACCGUGAUUGUCUUUCAUGGUUGUAAAACUAUACCACAUGGUCGAUGGUUUCGCCCCGUAAACCUGCAUUUCUUUCGUCUUUCAACCCACACCGAGUUAGUAUGCCGUGAUGUAGAGGAAAUAUGGUUCAAAGGGGCGCGAAGUCAAACGCUACCAGUCUCAAGUAAUACUGUGUAAACAUAUAAAAAUGACAAAAAGGCAUAUUAUUUUGCAGCAUAUUGUGUAAAUGAUAAGGACUCAAUAACUGUUUGAGAGGCAUUCUAGAAGAGGUAAUAAUAAAAAUGACACGUCUUUAUGGGUGAUCAACUUCUUUAUUAUACAGUGGCCA